AUGGCCGACAUGUCGACGCCUAACCACAGUCCUGAAUACGACGAAGGGGAGUCUUUUGAUGACGCCCUUGAAACACCCGAAAUCCAGGAGAACAACAACAACAAUCUCAACGUCACCAUCCCCAAGUCCACUUCCACCCGAUCGUUGACCGACAGUCCUCCAAUUGGCUCACAUAUGUCUCUGGAACUGGCGGAGAAAUCUCCGUUCCCCUCUGAAUCGCAGGACGAGAAGAAGACGGAGACCGUCGAGGAGCAGGACAAGGAUGGCGAGGGGCAAAAUGGACAGAAUGACAAGAAAAACAAGAAGGAACAGGGGACGAAGCAGGACGAAGGAACGGAUACCAACGAUGAGGAUAACCAUGACGCCGACAACGAGGUGAACACCGUAGCCGAUGAGUCCAUCCAGGGUGACAAGCCGGAGCAAGGGUCCGAGGUUACGCAGAAAGAGGUAGAGAAGAACGAGGAAGAUCACGAUCAGAGCCCACUGCAAAAGUCGCCUCUACUCACGUCCCACCGUUUAUCAACAUCAUCAUCGCUUGACGAGGUGAACCUGAUGAAUAGCAAAGAAGACGAGCCGACAGACAAGGCACAGGGCCACGAGGACAAAACAGAACCGCCUCCGUUGCCUCCUAAGGAUGAUCCUGCUCCGGCAAGCACAGGGCUGAUGGGUCUGUCAGGUGGUCUACCCUCAAUCCCAUGGGCGGCUCCUCCAGUGAACAGGAACCCACCUAUUCCCCAGCCAGCCCCUCCUCGAAAGCCGAGUGGCCCCUUUGCGUGGUUCUCUCGAAGCUCAACCGCGACCAAUGCUAAGGACAUGAAGUCGUCACCCCGUUCCAUUAGCCGACGAAACACUGCCACCUCCUUAUCGACUCUUUCAAGCAAUCUAGACCAGAUUGCUCGUGAUGGCGAUGACCUUUCGAGCGUCGGCUCAAGGAAGCCGAGACAAAACAGCCUUAAGGAUCAAUUCAAGAUGCUGCGUCAGCGAGAUGAGAGCCAUGCACCAGAGGUUGAUCGGACGAGCGUGUCAUCGGGCCAGGCCAGAAUCAGCCAGUCUGGAGCUAGCCCCUAUAUCAUCCCAGAGGAAGGAGAGGAUAGCAUAUUGGCGGCAUCGGCAGCCACCUCACCUUCGACGACCGUUGCUCCUGGGAGAACGGAUUCUGUGGCUGAUGGUUCUAGCCCGGUGGACUGGGAGAUGUGGCAACACCUCGUGAACAACGGGCCUCAGGCCUUGGCAAGCUCGGAGGAACUGAAUGCCGCCAUCAAACGAGGAAUCCCUCAGACGAUCCGAGGCGUGAUUUGGCAAAUCUUGGCGGAUUGCCAGACUACUGAUAUGGAGGACACCUACCGAGAUCUCGUGGCGCGUGGCACAGCACAAGACAAAGAUGGACGAACAAUAAAUGGCACUGAAUCGGAGUCAUCACGCUCUUCAGUCCGCUCCCACCACUCGGGUUCCGUAUCACGAUCUAGCAGCGGUACCCCUAGUCCAUCUCACGAAGGAGACACAGAGAAGUUGUCUAAAGAACAUGCCUCUAGUGACGUUGAUCGUCUGAAGAAGGCAAAGACAGACGCUGUUGCGCUGCAAAGAUUGGAGAAGGCCAUCAGGCGAGACCUGGGUGCUCGCACUAGCUAUGCAAAAUACUUUGUUUCCCAGGGAAGCCAAGAAGGCCUAUUUGGGUUGUGCAAGGCAUACGCCCUGUAUGAUACGGGAGUUGGAUACGCGCAAGGCAUGAACUUUAUCGCUAUGCCAUUGCUGUUCAAUAUGGACGAAGUCGAUGCUUUCGCCAUGAUGGUCAAGCUGAUGAACAAGUACUCUCUACGAGAUAUGUUCAUUCAGGAUAUGCCUGGGCUUCACCGCAGCCUAUACCAAUUCGAGCGACUCCUAGAAGACUUAGAACCCGCUCUCUACUGCCAUCUCCGGCGCCGUGGGGUUCCCCCUCAGCUCUACGCCACCCAGUGGUUCUUGACUCUGUUCGCCUACCGUUUCCCGCUGCAACUGGUGCUUCGCAUCUAUGACCUGAUCUUUGAAGAGGGACUAGAGACCACGAUCCUCAAAUUUGGUGUUGCAAUUAUGCGACGAAAUGCAGACGCGCUGCUUGGAAUGAAAGACAUGAGUGUGCUCACUACUUUCUUGAAAGAGCGUUUGUUUGACGCCUACAUUGACAAGCAGCCAUCCACCUCGUCAAUCUUGGAGUCGGGCUUCUUCGGAAGCUCCGGUGCCUCCGAUAAGGAGAUCUACCGAUCCGACAUCAUGGUGCAGGACGCCUGUGCCAUUCCCCUCACGUCUGAGAUGAUUACCAUGUACACUUCGGAAUGGGAGGAAAAGACUCGAACUGAGAAAGCGCGUGAAGUCGAACUGGAGCACCUGCGGCACACUGUGAGCAUACAAGGCGCCCGUGUACGACUUCUUGAGGAACGUGCCGAAGCAUCAGACAAGGAGCAUGUGCAAUUGGCCUCUGAGCUGGUGCAUGUUAAGGUUGAGAAUGAAGAGCUACGCGAUGUCAAAGAGGCACUGGAACUCCAGGUCAGGGAACUAAAGAACGUGGUUGACAAGCAACCGGCCGAGGUCGAGGAGAAGCUCCGCCUCGAAAUGGAUAGGAUCAUGAAGCGGAACAUUGAGGUGCAAAACGAGAACCGUGCGAUGGAAGAAUCAAUGUCCGACAUGGAGAAGGAGUUGGUCACCACAAAAAUGAAGUGGGCAGAGAUUUCCGAGAACCACGAGAACCUCCGCCAGAAAUGGAGCGACCUUCGUCGUGCCCUUGACUGA